AUGGCUGAGGUGCUCGGCAUUGCAGCGGCAGCGGCCCAAUUUGCGGGAUUAGCCUUGAAAAUUGCCAAGACCGGCAAAGACAUCUACGACCAGCUCCAGAACGUCCCCGAGCAGGUUCCCAAAUGGCUUCAACAGAUUGAUGGACUACGAGCCAUUGUUUCCAACAUCGAAAGUUGCCCGGAGCUCCAAACCCCGGAGGUAGGGUUUCUUAUGAGAAGCUGCUUGUCAACCAGCCAACAGCUUCAUGGCACUCUUGACGAGUUGCAUUUCUCCGCGAAUGACCCGCUUGUUCAAAGAACAUGGAGGGCAGUAAUUGGAAAGACGAAGGAGACUGAGUUGCGCAACUUCUUUGAGGAACUUGAGCGUAUCAAGUCGGCCCUUACUCUAGAAAUUGGUGUUGAGAACCUCAACCAACAACGCCAAAUUCGAUCAGAUAUUCAGGAACUCAAGAUAUCGAAUCAGGCUGAAUCCGAUGAGGAUCAGUGCUUGCGGUCACUCUUCGUAACAGACCCAACACGAGAUCGAGAGGAUAUGAUCGAUGCCAAAGGAGAGAUCUGUGCAGGGACUUGUGAGUGGAUUACAUCAACUCAGGAGUUCAACAAGUGGUAUCAACAGGCUCCCCAUCUGCUUUGGAUAUCUGCACCGCCUGGCAUGGGUAAGACCUACAUAUCCAUCUAUCUCAGCAGACAUCUCGAGCGGUUUGCUGCACAGUCAGACACUCUAGUACUUUUCUUCUUCUGCGACAACAAAGUGGCGUCUCGAAACACGGCGAUGAAUAUUUUACGAGGACUUUUGUAUCAAUUGGUCAUGCACCAGAAUGACCUUAUACACAUCAUGAUGCCACUGUGGAAGAUACAAUCAUCAAACUUGUUCCAGGGGAACUCCUUGAAUACGCUGUGGAAAUUCUUUGAGGAAAUGGUCAACAAGAUCCAAGCGAAAACGGUUCAUUGCAUUAUCGACGCGCUAGAUGAAUGCGAAGAGAGCUCUCUUGCAAAUCUUCUCCGAAAAUUCGAAAUGCUUAGCAGAAGCCCCAACACAUCGACUUCCAAGAUGAAGCUUAUCUGCCUCAGCAGAAGAUAUCCAGAAAAUAUCCCAGCAGCUCUUUCGUCUUUUUCGACGCUGAAGUUGGAUCUAAUACCCGCUGGAAAGGAGGAUACCCGACGCUUCAUAUCACAACGCGUCUCUCAGCUCGCCCAAAAAAAGCCCAUCAACUCCAAUCUGCAACUCCACAUUCAGCAGUCCUUUGAGGAAAGGUCUGAAGGCACCUUCCUAUGGAUUAGCUUCAUGGCCCAGGAUCUUGAGAGAAAGUCGAUUGAGGAAAUCGAAUCUUCGUUGAAGCUACUCCCCCAAGGGCUUGAUGCAGUAUAUGAGAGAAUUCUCUCACACAUCAAACCUGAUAAGAUGGAGAUUCUGUCCAAGAUGAUAGACUGGAUCCGAGUCGCUGUACGCCCGCUGAGAGUGCCAGAGCUAUGCGAAGCUGUCGGCUUGGAGGCGACGGGCUUGCUCAGCCGUGAGCAGGUGUGCAUAGCUUUGAUUAAGUCAUGCGGGCACCUGCUUCAAACCACUAAAAACCCAGAAAUGGUUUGGAGCGACGAAAGGACAUUUCCAUGGACUAUAGACCCUCUUCGAAAUCAUAUGCUCGACUAUUGGCUACUUGAGGUUACUUUUCUCCAUCAAAGCGCCAAGGACUAUUUCACUAAAUCCAACCACAUGACUGGCUCAAAAUGUCAAGCUGGGCUCACAAAGCGAUUGCACGGAGCCAUUUCAAGUCAGUUGACGAUGUAUCUAUCUGAUCGCGAGGCUUGCAUCGAACGUUGGAACGACAAAAUCUUCGCGGUCGAAUCACCUCUUUUCACUUAUGCCCGUAGGCACUGGAGUGACCACUUCAGAGAGUUGGAUGAGGUGUCUGGAUUGAUCGAGCGAAAUCCGCGAUUCUUUGGGAAAGAUUCAGCAAUAAGAAAUGAGGCUCUUUAUUUUUCUUACGAUAGAUCGCAUGAUCUCCCCACAAUUCCGUUGCUACAUAUGGCUUGUAUUCUGGGUCUGAAGAAUUUGGCCAAGUGGUGCCUCCAUCGAAGGCAGGUGAGAAAUCGGGUUGGCUUCAUGAGCGAUCUGACAACGAGGUGGGGUGGGUUUUAUAAAGGAUAUGGAUGUCCGCCACUUCAUUACGCUUAUCGACACAGGCGAGAGGACAUUGCCAAGCUUCUUCUUGAUGCUGGUGCAGAUCCUGGAGCUGUCAGCGACGAUCAUGACCCGAUCUUUGUGGUGGCCCUCCAGCUCUGUGGGCCAAACGCAUGGCACCAGCUGGCAGCGACGAAGGGUGGUAAGAAGUGCCUCGACCCUCGUAACCAGCCUCUCAGAGUUCUCAGAGACCUCGUCGCAUUCAAAGGAGAAGAUGCCUGUCGUUUCCUCAUUGAGGAACAUGGCUGGGACGUGAAUCUUGGGGAUCCCCUGAUCUGGACGUUGAAACGGUCGAAUCUAGAGCUUGCUCGCACUUUUGUUUCCGAGUGGCAUGCCUGCAUCGACGACCAUUGGGGACUGCUCGAGGCUAUCGUUCCCAUGGAGGAUACCCACGAAUUUCAAGGGGCGAUCAACCUUCUAGAAGAAUGGUCGGUCGAUAUGAACGCCACUGACGAAGAUGGAUGCACUUUGCUGUUCAGAAUAAUUGGCUCAGCUGAUUAUUCCCCUGUGGAUAUAUGGACUUCAAAGCUCGACAUGGCACUUCGAGCGGGCGUUGAUCCGCGCAAACCCAACUUCAGUGGCCAAAUACCACUGCACUUUGCGGCCAGCAGCAAAUUCUUCUCAGGUUUCAUUUCAGGGAGCAACGCAAUCAAAAUCAUAUUGCACAAUGGCCAGUCUCUUAUCAACGUGGUUUGCGGAGCGGGACAGACGAGUCUACAUCAUUUCGUUUCUACAAUUGUGUCCAUUGGGCGUUCUAAAUACUGCUUACGCCAAGAGUUCGUGGCUUUUCUCAAAGGCGGGCCGGCCUCGUUAGUAAGGCUAUUAGAUUUGGGUGUAGACCGACACAUUAGGGACCAACAUGGGAACACGGCUCUUGAUCUGCUUCGACCCGCGCUGGGUCGUGACCUCUCGGAAGACAAAAUAGAUUUUCAUGAGGUGUUUACGGUAGACCUGAUCGUUGGAUAUAGGCUGAUGGUGGAGAAAUCCAUCACAAUCUUGGAGAGUUACGCACCUGUCUGGUCUGUCGAAGUCGGUCGACGAGAGCAGAACGACUGGGAUCGAGCAAGGAGAUAG